AUGCCUAAGGAUACUGCCUCCGUCGCCCUAUCGGCGGUCCCCUUAGCCGUGCCCGCCUCCGCUACCGCCGCUGCCCUUGCCGCCGCCGCUGGCCGCCGCCCCUCUACCCCCGGAGCCGCCGCCGCCGCCGACUAG